ACCUGCCAUAUCCUUCCAGCAGCUCAAUCAGCCAAAACCUCCUCCUCGUAUAUGAGUCACCAUGGCCAUCUAGAACCGCGCCGCCACCAAACAAGUGUGCGAUCGCACAUGUGCUGCAACCUACAAACAACUGCCAACAUGGCGUCCUUUCCUUGCUCUGCGCCUUCCGCUGCCAACUACAGCAGGAAUCGUGCCUCCGACCAACUCCCCGGCCUCAACCUGAAUAAUCCCGGUCAAAAUGUCUCUCCUGGCGGCUUUGAAUCUGGACCUGGAGAUGUCUAUGGUGCCAGUUAGCACUCUGCACUGGCGGGCAGAUCUCCUUAAGAUCCCUGCUCAUGGAAAUCACUAUGAACACCUAUCAGUGCCCAUGGAGGAUGGGGUGAAUGUGCACGGGGCCGAGGGAGGAUGCCUGGCAGGGGAUGGAUUCACGGAUUGGAUGACGGAAAGGGUGGAUUUUUCAUGUUUUCUGCCAGUGACGGUGGAUCCAUCUAUGCCAGGGCCUUCCGCCCCGGACCUGGAGAUCAUGGCCACCCUCCUGAAGAGGGAGCUGGAGCAGAUGGAAGAUUACUUCCUGGAGGAGACACUCUCCCCUGGGCUUCCAGUGCCCCAUGAUCAAGUAGCUCCCAGCACCCCUCCUUCUCAUGAAAUCCACUUCCUCUUUCCAACGCCCGACCAGCAGCUGAGUGGGAGAGGAGUAGAGUUCCCUGCGUACAUCACAGAAGCAACAGCACCUGCUCCCGUGGCACUGAACACCCUAGAUUCCGGAUGCCUGGAGCUCAUGAAUCUAUACACAGAUGUUCCAAGUGAUUUCCCAGAAGAAGAAGAGCAGGAUUUUAUGGUGAUCGACGACACCAACGACCCGCCAGCACAAACCAAACGACUGAACAGGCCUACCCCGUACGACCGCCCCGCCACCGCCAGCACCAGCUCCUCUGUCUCAAUCCAACCAAAAGGUGACCGCAAACAGAAGAAAAGAGACCAGAACAAGACGGCAGCGCUCCGCUAUCGCCAACGCAAGCGCGCCGAAUACGACGCACUGGAUGAUGAAUGUCAGGGCUUGGAAGUCCGAAACAGGGAGCUGAAAGAAAAGUCUGACUCCAUCGAAAGAGAGAUCCAGUAUGUGAAAGACCUCCUCAUUGAGGUCUACAAGGCCAGAAGUCAAAGACUCCGCAGCAACUAGAAAGUUUUCUACACUGAAAGGCAUAAACUUUGGACUAGUGACCACUUUCUAGAGCAGCCUAUCCAACGUUGUAUUGUAAAGUAUUGGUUUGGGUCUCUAAAAAAAUCUAACACAUCUAUCUGUA